GUCGCUCUAAAAGCGAUUGUCCAAUCAGCUUGUAGGUUGGAGUUCCGCACUAUGAGGCCCGAAGCCUGGAUCUAGAUUUUUUUUGCGCCUGAAGCUGGUUUCGCAGCAGCUGCUUUAGAUAUGGCAGCGGGAGGUGGGCUCUUGGGGCUGGAGCGGAACUGCUGGGUGUGCUUCGCCACUGACCUUGAUGAUCGCUCUGCAGAAUGGGUAAGCCCAUGUCGGUGUAAAGGAUCAACAAAGUGGAUCCAUCAGGCAUGUCUACAGCGAUGGCUUGACGAGAAACAGAAGGGGAACAGCACAGGCCGGGUGGCGUGUCCGCAGUGCAACACGGAGUACUUGAUUGUCUUCCCAAAGUUAGGUCCUGUGGUUUAUUCCUUACACCAAAUUGACCGCAUUCUGUCCAAAGCCAGCCCUUUUGCAGCAGCCAGCAUCGUGGUGGGGACUGUGUACUGGUCAGCAGUGACGUAUGGAGCAGUGACUGUGAUGCAGGUCGUUGGGCACAAGAAAGGUCUGGACCUAAUGGAGCGGGCGGACCCUCUCUUCCUGCUGAUGGGGCUCCCCACCAUUCCAGUGAUGCUCAUUUUGGCCAAGAUGAUCCGAUGGGAGGACUUUGUGCUUCGGAUGUGGCGCAAGUACUCCAGCAAGCUUCAGGUUCUCAGCAGCAUUUUCCCAGGUUGCGGAUGUUCCAUUCCUCGUAUACCCGCGGAGACCAACUACCGAAGUGAUCAUGCGUCUGUCUCUCGCAUCCUAUGCGGUGCGCUUGUCUUCCCAACAAUAUCCAGCUUAGUCGGCAAGUUGAUAUUCAGCAGCGUGAACUCCAAUCUGCAGCGAACUAUUUUGGGAGGAAUUGCCUUUGUUGCUAUCAAGGGGGCUUUAAAGGUUUACUUCCGGCAACAGCAGUAUCUCAUCCAAGCGAACCGCAGGAUUCUCAACUACUCCGAGAGGGAAGAGGAGCAGGAAGAUCCACAGGAGGCCUACGAGGACUCGAGCAGUGACUAAAGCAGGGAAUGCUCAGCCUUGAUCUGGGCAGGCACAGACCCAGUUAAGUUCCAUCUCCCCGGAUUGCUGGAAUUAGCGUUUAACGUUAUCCCACUUGAAGCGGAUGUGGUGCUGCAGCCACAUUUGCUGAGGUUUAAAAUGCAGCCCGGCUGAGUUUUCCAAUCCUGUCACCUUAUUGGACAAAUAUUUGCCCUGAUUUUUAACUGCCUGUUUCUCCUUUAAUUGCUUUUAUUAUUAUGAUUCAGUAGUUGGGAGGAAUACAUGUCUAUUACCACAAAAUAAUUUACUGGCAUCCACUAAAGCUCACAGCCGUGCUCUCAAAUAUGCCGAUUUGGACAGCUUUCUCAUGGGGGGGUGGCCCCUCGUGCCUGAGCUCUGUACGUCAAACCUGCUUCUGUUGUAGUAAAGCUGUAAUGAAACAGGUUUAAUUCUGUCAUUCUGUGGCCAUGGGCUGAAUCUCAAACCAGCCACAAAUGGACACUUUGAAGCCCCAGGAGGAAAGAGCUGGUGAUAUCCCUUGUGGUUGACGCUGGCUGCCAGGUUGUGUUGGGAGUUCAGACACUGAAUUAUGAUAUUUCUUUCUUGUAUUAUCUUCACGAAACAAGACCAUAGUUAAAUACUGACAAUUAACUGGAGCUUUACAAACUUGAUCACAGAGAACAUUUAAUUGUGCUCAUUGCAUAGGCUACAUUGGGAAUUGGUCAAAGAUUGGGCUUAGUCUUUCAACCCUUAAAUCAAAUUGUACAUCUAAAUAAGUGAUUUUAUACAUAUUUGAAAAGUAGGACAUUGUAGAUGAAGAGACUUUCAGUAUCUUCAUAACAAUUUAUCUCCAGAAAAUUUAUUAUUAAAUUAAGUUUUCUUUCUGUGCUGCCAUAGCAACCAUGACAAUUGCUAUCAAAUUUGUUUAUUUUUUAUUUGUAUAAAGCUGUUUGAAAUAAGUUGAUGAAAAAUAAGGAUUCUGAAGAAAUUUAAUUUAAUAAAAAUGGCACCUUAUAAAUUG